AUGGAGAAACAAGUCGUUGAAGUUCGCGAUAAGCUCGCCGCAUCAGAAAAGAACGUCGCGACGUUGACGAAGCGCAGCGAAAGCGAAAUCGCCAAACUCGAAGCCGAAAAAGCCGCUCGAGUUAAGGCUGAAACUACUGCCGCCAGCCUGAAAAAGAAAUGCGACCGCUUACUCAAAGAGGGCGGGACUAAGGAUUUGCACGCGGAAGUGGACGCGUACAAGACGUUGAUGAACUGCAACGUGUGUCAAGGCGAGAGACAAAAAGCCGUCAUCAUCACCCGAUGCUGGCACAUGUUCUGCGAAGAGUGCAUCAACAAACGCGUGGUGUCACGUCAGCGCAAGUGUCCAGGAUGUUCGUUACCUUUCGCCGAGAGCGAAGUCCAACGCAUCUACUUUUAG